AAGCGAUUCGCUCCAGUACUCAAAUAUAUUUAUUUGCGUUAGGACGUGACAAUGCCGAAAGAUAUACAAGGAACUACCGUGGUAGUGACCGGCGGCGCGAGCGGCAUCGGUCUCGCGAUCGCCGACGCGUUCCUUCAGCACGGCGCCCACCGCGUCGUCCUCCUCGACCUCAACGCAGAGCAAGCGGAUCAAGCUACCGCAACUCUAAACGCCAAGCACGGAAACAAGGCUACGUUCAUUCUAUGCGACGUCACUCAAGACCUGGAUCAAGUUACCAAGGUUAUUAUAGACACAUACAAAACUGUGGACGUCUUAGUGAACAGUGCUGGUAUUGUUAACGAAAGGAAUCCUAGGAAGGUGAUCGAAAUAAACCUAACAGCGGUCAUAGAAUGGUCACUGAAAUACUUGGAAAUUAUGAGAAAAGGUGGAAAAGGCGGCACUAUCAUCAACAUGUCCUCGAUGUACGGGUUUAUGGUGGAUCCAUAUUUACCUACGUAUAAAGCUUCUAAAUUUGGCGUACUUGGUUUUACGAAGAGUAAAGGCCAUGAAUAUAAUUUCAAGAAAACAGGCGUGAGACUGCUUGCCAUCUGUCCAGGGGUCACAAAGACGAAUCUCACCUCUGGUUACAAGAAUUUUGAAGAAAAGGAGAAUCAAGAGGACUUUGUUGCAACAUUUGACAGUUUUCCGUGGGCUGAGGUCACGAGGGUGGGGCAGGCUGUGGUCGAAGUGUUCGGGAAAGCGGAUAGUGGAACGGCAUGGGCAAUCCAAGGCGACGAACCUGUAUUUGAGGCUUAAAGUCGAAUAUAAAAUAAAGAGAUUUAUUGAAAAUUGUAUU